UGAUUAAUUAUCGAUUACAUUUACUAGCCAAUUUAUAAACAAAACAUUUCAAUUCAAAUUUUAGAUUGUUAAUAACAUUCGUUAUCAACAACCAUAAUGGACAUCUUCGAGAGCUUCUGUCGCACGUGCGGGAACGAGUGCCUGGAAUCGUUGUCCAUUUACGAUGAGAGUGCCCUAGUGCUGGACAAGAUGGUGCCCAUUGCGGAUAUGCUAGCGUCCUGCCUGCCCGUCUCCUUGCCUCCACUGGAUCCAGAGGACGACUAUCCCAAGCAGAUCUGCCGCAUCUGCGUGAAGAAGCUGUCGAUGGCCUACGAGUUCAGCCACCAGUGGCUGUGCGCCCACGGCGAGUUUAACGUGGCCCUAAAGUUCGAGCAGCGCAGAAGGCGCAGCCAGGCCAGCAAAUCCCAGUCGCACACGCAGACCCAAACUCAUCCGGUGGAGCCGAGGAAUGAGCAAUUGCCCACGGUGUUGGUGGAAGCAGUGUCGACUAAAAGAGCAACUGCUCCUCCCACCACCGCGGCCAACUCCAGCAGCGACUCCAUACCGGCCUUCAAGUGCGGUAUCUGCAUCGAAUGUUUUUACACGGAGAAGGCCUGCAAAUUCCACUUAAAGUUCUCGCACAAGGAUCUUUAAAGAUCUUUGCUGUUUUAACAUAUUUUACACUGUCUACAGCGUGUUUUUUCCCUUCCUUGUGAUUUGGUUUUAAGUGCAUAAAUCGUUUGUGAAAUUUGUAACUAUGUAGGUUUUGAAUUAGGAAUAUAUAUACAAAUAUUUCUUCUUUUUAUACAACAA